CUUGACUUUGAACAAAGGACAAAAUGAAUGGGUGUUUGCACUUCAGCAAUUUACUUAGAACGCAGAAAUGACUGAGCAGCGACGCUGCUGGACAUCAUGGUUAUAAGAGCAGUUCCUCCAAAACUUUGGCUUCUAGCAAUAACAGGAUACGCACCAGUAGUGCUUGCAUUCUUUUAUGUCAAUGAUUUUAAGACACGAGAGCUGAUUAUUCUGAGCGCCAUUGUCAGCUACUUGGGACUAGUAUUGACCAAGGCUCUCAUUCCUGUGCUUCAGCCAAUACAUUUGCGUCGCAAUUUGUUCGGCUAUGACAUCAACAAGAAAGGCACAUCAGGAGGGGAGAAGAAGGUGCCAGAGUCACUGGGCCUUGCACCAGGUGUCGUGUUCCUGGUCUGCAUAAUCCUCUUCCAGCUGCUGCAGUACUAUGACGUCCCCUCAGUCUGGCACUGGGUGCAGACUUGGGGAAGGGAGGGAGCUCUGAAGCAGGAGCCUAUUGAGGACGCGUGGCUGGUUGAUUACAAUGCAGCACUGGCCACCAUCUGCUUCAUGCUGUUCCUGGGGUUUGCGGAUGAUGUGCUGGACAUUCCCUGGAGGGUGAAGCUGCUUCUGCCAGCCCUCGCCUCCCUCCCUCUGGUGGCGGCGUACGGAGGCGGCACGGGCAUCUCAGUACCGCUGCCGCUGCGCUCUUUGGGCCUGCCUGCAUACCUGGAACUUGGGCUGCUGUACAAGGUGUACAUGGUGAUGUUGGUGAUCUUCUGCACAAAUGCGAUCAACAUCCUGGCGGGAGUGAACGGGCUGGAGGCAGGGCAGACGUUCGUCAUCGCGUGCGCAGUCGCCUUCCACAACAUCUGGGAGCUGGCCGGCCCGGGUGGCGCGCCAGGCGGCGCGCACCGGGACGGCCACCUGUUUUCUCUGUACCUCAUGCUGCCGCUGGCCGGCACCACGCUGGGCCUCCUGCUCUUCAACUGGUACCCCUCGCAGGUGUUUGUUGGGGACACGUACACCUACUUUGCCGGCAUGACAAUCGCGGUGGCAGGCAUUCUGGGCCACCUCAGCGAAACGCUGCUGCUCUUUCUCAUUCCCCAGGUCCUGAACUUUGCCUACUCACUGCCUCAGCUGUUCAAGAUCGUGCCCUGCCCCCGGCAUCGCCUGCCUCGCUUUGAUCCGGCCACCGGCCUGUUGCAUGCAACGCCGAACUGGAAUCUGGUCAACCUGACGCUGCACAUGUUUGGCCCCUGCACAGAGGAGCAGCUUUGUUGGCGACUGCUGAAAUUCCAGAUGUUUUGCUGUGGGUUUGGCUUGGGUUUGAGGUGGGUGUUGACAGGCAUCUACAAGUAGAUUGCACAAUGUGUUGCUGCCAGUCUUGAUGUGUGCUCGUAUUUGUAGGCAAAGUUGCAGAUCAUCCCAAGAUUCCUGUAUUAAGACAAUUGGAAGGCCCUAAGAUUUAAAGAGGCCGUAAGCUCGGACAGUGAACAAGAAAUGAAUUAAUGUAGAGAUCUCCUCUUUACUUUUUUUCUCCACGUGUACUUGGCUCAUGUAUAGAUAGAUUUAUCUCGUAUGAUAAUCAAUUUGAGCUUCCA